GGGGGCGGGCGCGGCGGCGCGAGCCGCAUGAAUGAGAGAAACGUGCCCCGCGCGAGACGUCGCGCGCGCCCGGGACGGGGAGCCAAUGGGAACGCUGGGAGGGCUCGAGACCCGGCACUGAGGGCAACGGCCGCGCGCCGGCUCGAAGACGAGCGUCGCCGGGCGGGAGCGCGCGUAGCAGGCGGGCGUGGAGCGUGCGGGGGCCGCGCGCGGCCUCUCAGAGGCCGGACGGCACUGCCGGGAGGCGGCGGCGAUAACGACGGUGGCGGUGACGGGAACCGCGCCGGGGGUAAGGCACUGUAACCCAGUUGAAUUCCGCAUCUAGAAAGCCCAAGACCAAAGAAGAGAGAUCAGAGACAUUGAGUAACCUGGAAACAGGGACUUCUUUGGGACUUUGGUUUCAUCAUCCACCGUACCCUUUUAACACUAUCAUUGAGUGGAAUCGAUUUCUUCAUCUUAUUUUGCUUAUUGGGCAGAACAUGGCUUCAGGGAUUUUAUGUUUCUCCUUAGUUUUGCAUGAACUUGAUAGGAAAUGGAGCCCUUAGGGGGCUUGGGAAUGACAAGAGAUUGAAGACAGACAAAAUCGAGCUCUCUCUCUCUCUGUUUUCCCUCCCCCUUCGAAGAAAAGGAUUUACAUCUUGACCUUGUAACAGCUGCUGCCGAGCUUUAGCCGUCUAGAGAAAAGAAAUAAAACUAAACCACCGUUGCUGGACUGGAAACUGAAGUCAAGGUGUGGGAGUGGUGGCAUCGAGGAAACUGCCUCAGAGGGCGGAGGACCGCAGUGAAAACAGCUUCUCUUCAAAACUGGAAGGGGCCUCAGGUUCCCUUUUGGAUUAAAAUAGAAACACGGGGCGCACCUCUCUGAGGUGCAGCUCACACCUUGUGGAGCGUGGUCGCCCUGGAGGUGCUACAGUGUCUCUUCAGAAGACUUUUUCCUGUCCCGCCUGACAGCCCCCCCCAACUUUGCCCUCGGAAGGAUUGCCUCCAUCCAUGAGCUGUUCCUCCAUCUGUCUGGCGGCCCGUGUUCUCCACCCGCAGCCAUUUGCUUGUGUACAGCCUACCAUUUGCCCCCGCUUUCUAAGCUGUACAAGUUGUGUUUCGUAAUCUCUCCUUCUGCCUUCUUCUGGGGUGGUGGUUAUUCGCCAUUUAGAAUCACCUUUCCCCCUCCCAUGUGCUUCCCUUUAUUUGAGAUCUUUUGACCUUUCGUUUUAUUUGGGAGGGGGAAGGGUGAUAACUUUACAAUUUCGGUUUCCCCUGGUUUCCUUCCGUACUUUAGUUGUUGUCCGCUGGUUCCCUCAUCCCUCAUUUUCUUGUCUGUUCUGCCGCUCUGUGGGCCUGGGCUAUGCGGCAGGGCAGAACUCCCAUCAGAGCUCCAACAUGCCCGCAGAGUCUGGAAAGAGAUUCAAGCCCAGCAAGUAUGUUCCGGUCUCCGCAGCCGCCAUCUUCCUAGUGGGAGCUACGACCCUCUUCUUUGCCUUUACCUGUCCAGGACUCAGCCUCUACGUGUCACCUGCAGUGCCCAUCUACAAUGCUGUGGUUUUUCUCUUUGUGCUGGCCAACUUCAGCAUGGCCACCUUCAUGGACCCAGGGAUUUUUCCUCGAGCCGAGGAGGAUGAAGACAAGGAAGAUGACUUCCGAGCUCCUCUUUACAAAACGGUGGAGAUUAAGGGCAUCCAGGUGCGCAUGAAAUGGUGUGCCACCUGCCGUUUCUACCGCCCUCCCCGCUGUUCCCACUGCAGUGUCUGUGACAAUUGUGUGGAGGAAUUUGAUCAUCACUGCCCCUGGGUGAACAACUGUAUUGGUCGCCGGAACUACCGUUAUUUCUUCCUCUUCCUCCUUUCCCUGACAGCACACAUUAUGGGUGUGUUUGGCUUUGGCCUCCUUUACGUCCUCUACCACAUGGAGGAACUCUCAGGGGUCCGCACGGCUGUCACAAUGGCAGUGAUGUGUGUGGCUGGCUUAUUCUUCAUCCCUGUAGCUGGCCUCACGGGAUUUCAUGUGGUGCUGGUGGCCAGGGGACGCACUACCAAUGAGCAGGUUACAGGUAAAUUCCGAGGAGGUGUGAAUCCCUUCACCAACGGCUGCUGUAACAACGUCAGCCGUGUGCUCUGCAGCUCCCCGGCACCCAGGUACUUGGGAAGACCAAAGAAAGAGAAGACGAUUGUUAUCAGACCUCCCUUCCUUCGACCAGAUGUGUCAGAUGGGCAGAUAACUGUGAAGAUCAUGGACAAUGGUAUCCAGGGAGAGCUGAGGAGAAGCAAGUCGAAGGGAAGCUUGGAGAUAACAGAGAGCCAGUCUGCCGAUGCCGAACCCCCACCUCCUCCUAAGCCGGACCUGAGCCGUUACACAGGGCUACGAACACACCUCAGCCUGGCUACUAAUGAGGAUAGCAGCCUCUUGGGCAAGGAGAGCCCUCCCACACCUACCAUGUACAAGUACCGGCCGGGCUACAGUAGCAGCAGCACAUCAGCCGCGAUGCCUCAUUCCUCCAGCGCCAAGUUGAGUCGUGGGGACAGCUUGAAGGAGCCCACCUCGAUCGCAGAGAGCGGCCGCCAUCCCAGCUACCGCUCGGAGCCCAGCUUGGAACCUGAGAGCUUCCGUUCUCCCACCUUCGGCAAAAGCUUUCACUUCGACCCACUGUCCAGUGGCUCACGCUCCUCCAGCCUCAAGUCGGCCCAGGGCACUGGCUUCGAGCUGGGCCAGUUGCAGUCCAUUCGUUCAGAGGGCACAACCUCCACCUCCUAUAAGAGCCUGGCCAACCAGACACGCAAUGGAAGCCUGUCCUAUGACAGCCUGCUCACUCCUUCAGACAGCCCUGAUUUCGAGUCCGUGCAGGCAGGGCCUGAGCCAGACCCACCUUUAGGCUACACCUCUCCCUUCCUGUCCGCCCGGCUGGCCCAGCAACGGGAAGCCGAGAGGCACCCACGUUUGGUGCCAACCGGCCCAGCGCACCGAGAGCCCUCACCAGUCCGGUACGACAAUCUGUCGCGCCAUAUUGUGGCCUCCCUCCAGGAACGAGAGAAGCUGCUACGCCAGUCACCCCCGCUCGCAGGCCGCGAGGAGGAACCAGGCUUGGGGGACUCGGGCAUUCAGUCAACACCGGGCUCAGGCCAUGCCCCUCGUACCAGUUCCUCCUCAGAUGAUUCAAAGAGAUCACCCUUGGUCAAGACUCCACUGGGACGCCCAGCAGCCCCCCGUUUUGGCAAGCCAGAUGGGCUAAGGGGCCGGGGACUAGGGUCCCCUGAACCAGGCCCAACUGCCCCGUACCUGGGCCGAUCUAUGUCGUACAGCAGCCAAAAAGCCCCACCUGGUGUCUCCGAGGCCGAGGAAGUAGCCUUGCAGCCAUUACUGACCCCCAAAGAUGAAAUACAGCUCAAGACCGCCUAUAGCAAAUCCAACGGGCAGCCCAAGAGUGUAGGCUCUGCCUCCCCUGGCCCUGGCCAGCCUCCUCUCAGCAGCCCCACAAGGGGCGGAGUCAAGAAGGUGUCAGGGGUGGGUGGUACCACCUAUGAGAUUUCCGUGUGAGCCUUCAGCACCUCCCUUUGCCCCAAGCCUCUGCGCCUACACCAAAGGGCCCCAGGUGGCCACCUUCCCUUCCUCAAGGGGCUCCCCUCCCCUGCAUGGACAUUUUUUUAAACCACCGAUUCCGAGAGGAUGAGGAGCGUUUUAUAAAAUGCAGUGGGGUUUGGGGAGUCGGAGAGUCGGGGCCCUGAGACUGGGGUAGCAAUCCCCUUCACCUUUUAAGACCUUCCCUUCCUUAACCCCUGGACCAGACUCAGUGGACAUUUGUGCAAUUGCUCGCCCUGGAGGGAACCAGAUCAUUUUUAAACCAGAAAUAAUUUUUUUUAUUAUUGUUACGGA